UCCUCCCAAGAACAUCUCUCAAACAUUCCUCUCUUCUUCUUCCAAUAUUUUGAUCCCUACACACACUCACAUCAACACAUAUAAAUCUCCUCGUAAACCCUAAACCCUAGCUAGUUUCAACAACUCUCUUGUUUUAAAUCCAAGAAAAAAGUUCAGUUAUUUUCAUUAGCAAUGGCCAAAGUUGGGAAGCUGACAAAGCUCAAGUCGGCUAUGAAGAAAUGGCCUUCUUUCGCCAAGAACCACCACCAUUCAACCUCCUCAGCCGCUGUUUCCGACGAGCUUUCAGAGGACAACAAUCUCCAUGUGGUUUAUGUUGGUCAAACUCGAAGACCUUACAUGCUUAGACCAGACAUCAUCUCUCAUCCACUCUUUCAAGAACUCGUGGAUCGGUCUUCUUCUAGAUCCGUUGAACAAGAUCGUGAAAUUGUUGUAGCUUGUGAAGUCGUUUUGUUCGAGCACUUGUUGUGGAUGCUCAAGUCUGGUCAAGAAGGAGGAUCCGUCGAAGAAUUGGCUGAGUUCUAUACUUAUUGACAUCGACCGAUUCAUUUAAUACAUUUAUUUCGUAUAAUAUAUACUUUUUGUUGUUGUUUGUUGUUGCUGAUUUGUAUUUUCAUUCGAUGCGGUGUGUGAUCAAAACGUGAUCUCGUAAACCAUGUCAUUUGCUUCCGUUUUUUCUGAGCAAUUUUAUGAUGAUGAGCAUAUGUAGUUUCUUACUUUGUUACGACCAACAAAGAAUAAAUUUCUAU